UACACUGCGCAUUCACCCGAGGAACGACCGCCAUCAAUCAUAGAAAGGCUCCGCACUGCAAUCUCCUCGGCUCCAGAGAAUAGUGAAGAGCCAGUGAAGGUGCGUCUCAUCAAUGGAUGGCAUGAUGUGACAUGGGAGAAAAUUAAUAUUGUUGUUUGUAAUUUUUUAUAUGAUAGAAAAACUGAACACCACAAAAGAUGGAAGGAGUUGGAACAGAUUGUAGGAAUCCGGAGGGAGCAUCUAUUCUGCGGUGCAUGCCUCGUCAUUAUUGCUGCUGUUCUUCGCCAGAAUCCUCUCGUCGUCAUGCAUUCACUAGUGGUUGGUGUGUUUAUUUUAUAA